AUGAGGGUUGCGGUGAUAGGAGCAGGAGCCAGUGGAUUAACUGCUAUAAAGUGUUGUAUAGACGAAAGACUAGAACCAGUAUGCUUUGAAAGAACUAAUGAUAUAGGCGGGCUAUGGAGGUAUUCAGAUGAGGUCGUAGAGGGUCAGUCAUGCGUAAUGAAAUCAACUGUUAUCAACACUAGUAAAGAGAUAAUGACUUAUAGUGAUUUCCCAAUACCAUCAGAGUAUCCAAUGUAUAUGCAUAAUACUUAUGUGCAGAAGUAUUUCAAUCUGUAUGCUGACAGGUUUCACCUACGAAAGUGUAUACGGUUUGAAACGGAGGUCUUGAGUGUGAGCAAGCAUGCAGAUUUCAAACAAUCCGGUCAGUGGGUAAUCAAAAUAAAAGACAAGAAAAAUGAUAAAGUAGAAGAAGACAUCUUUGAUGCAGUCAUUGUCUGCAGUGGUCACCAUGCGGAAAAGAAUGUACCUGAUUUUCCAGGACUAUCAGACUUCAAAGGAAAAAUUGUUCACAGUCACGACUACAGACACCAAGCUGGGUUUGAAAAUAAAAGAAUAGUAGUGAUUGGAAUUGGCAAUUCAGGAGGCGACAUGGCGGUAGAACUUAGUCGGGUUGCUUCACAGGUUUUUAUCAGUACAAGACGUGGAAGUUGGGUUUUUAACAGAAUAGCCGAUAACGGUAUGCCUGUAGAUAUGAUAGGUCUUAAAAGGUCUGUGUUGAAAUUGAGGAAGCUUUUACCUCCGUCUUUUUUUGAAAAUAUGAUGGAGAAUCAGGUAAAUAAAAGGUUUGACCAUUCAAUCUACUGCCUUAAACCUAAGCAUCGUAUUACUGCUCAGCAUCCCACAAUUAACGAUGACAUGCCGAACAGACUUGCAUCCGGGACUUUGAAGGUAAAACCAGAUAUCAAAAUGUUUACAGAAAAUGGAGUAAUAUUUGAUGAUGGCACCAAAGAGGAGAAUAUUGAUGUUGUUGUCUUGGCAACAGGCUACAUAUUUGGGUUUCCUUUCUUGGACAAAUCUGUUCUUGAUGUCAAACAAAAUCAUGUGGAACUGUUUAAAUAUGUGUUUCCUCCAAAACUGGAACAGUCUACUUUAUGUGUAAUAGGAUGUAUACAGCCAUUAGCGGCGAUAAUGCCGAUAUCCGAGUUACAGUGUAGAUUAGCUACACGUGUUUUUCAGGGAAAAGUUAAGCUUCCAUGCUAUGAGGAAAUGAUGACAGACAUUAAAAACAAAGAAUUAGCCAUGCAACUGAAGUAUGUACAAACACAAAGACAUACCAUUCAAGUCGAUUAUAUCGAUUACAUGGACGAGCUGGCUACAUUAAAUGGAUGUCUCCCUGAUCUAAAGUCAUUACUAUGGUCAGAUCCUAUGUUAGCUCUGAACUGUUACUUUGGGCCAUGUACGCCAUACCAAUAUAGGUUAAACGGACCCGGUAAAUGGAGUGGAGCUAGACAAGCGAUAAUGACACAAUGGGACAGGACAUUUGCGUCCCUGAAAACAAGGCCAUUGGGAUUUACAGAACCAGCAUCACAAAAGAAAUUUCUAAUUUUCUACUUCGUAUUUGCUGUUGUAUUUUGCUUUUUUAUUCAGUAUAUAUUUUUAGGUAAAUUCUUAUGAUUAAAAAGAAAUUUACAACGAUUUGAAAAACGUGUAACAUGAUAAUAAAUUACGCAGAUUUUUAUUACAAUUGUAUCAGAAUGGAAAUGCAAUGUCAUUGCUCUCUUCAGUGUACAGCUAUUCCAAUCGGGUUAUAUAUCAAAAGACUGUUUGUCGAAGAUAUAAUUAUAUUUUAUACUUUAAUGCAAUCGAUAAAGAAUUGC